UGCCAUCUCAAUCCUGUCAGAGAAGGAAAAAAAGGGCCAAAAAAAGAAGAAGAAAAUAAAACAGAGCAAGUAAAAGAAAACAGGGGCGACCUGAACUCGAAGAACACAGUAGAAAUGGCGGGACAACUAAACUUAUCAAUUUUUGCUAUCUUGGCCACAGUGGCUUUGCUUCAAAGCUCGGUGGCUGCAACGACAUAUCAGGUCGGUGAUAAUUUGAAUUGGGUCGUCCCCGGUGGCAACGCAGCAUACGCCAAUUGGGCUGCAAACAAGACCUUCACCGUCGGAGACAUUCUUGUGUUCAAUUUUAGAACUGGAUCUCAUGACGUAACCCAAGUGACAAAGCAAAAUUUCGAUGCUUGCAAUGGGACCAAUCCCAUUUCUUCUAUAACCACAGGGCCUGCAAAUAUCACCCUCCAAACUGCCGGAGAGCAUUACUUUAUCUGCUCGGUGCCCGGCCACUGCCUUGGCGGUCAAAAGCUGAGCGUCAAUGUCACUGCUGCUUCUUCCCCUGCUCCUCAACCAAGCUCCCCUUCUCCGACACCUGUACCUUCUCCAUCUCUUGCUCCGGAACCGACCGGUACUCCCUCGCCGACUACAUCUCCAGCUCCUUCUCCGUCAAGGGAAGCAGAGAGUUACACUGUCGGUGACGCCGCCGGUUGGGGCGUCCUCCCAGGCGGUGCCAACGCUUACGCAUCUUGGGCCUCUAACAAGACCUUCUACGUCGGUGACACUCUAGUUUUCAACUUCGUGAAUGGAACACACGACGUGGUGGAAUUGACCAAAGAAAACUACGAAUCAUGCAACACAAAUAACACCAUCUCUCUCUCGGCGAACCCACCAGUUAGAAUCACUCUCGCCACCGCCGGCGAGCAUUUCUUCACCUGCUCAUUCACCGGCCACUGCCCUGCAGGACAGAAACUCGCCAUCAAUGUCACCGGAGAUUCAACUGCCACUCCUCCCUCGUCCGCCACACCACCAUCCUCCGGCGGUGCUCCAUCUCCCGGCGGAAGCACCACUCCCACAACAACGGCUACCCCUCCUGCAAGCUCCGGCGCCUCAUCUCUGAGCUUCGCUUGGUUGUCUGCCACUUUCUUGUCCAUUGCCUUAGCUUUGUGGUAUUAGAAUGUUGAUGGUACAGAGAGUGCGUGUGUGUGUGUGCGUAUGUGGGAUUCAUUAGUUUUUUUUUUAGUUGAACACGUUUCAUUGUUGUUAUACCGAUUGAUUAUAAGUUUUGUAUUUUUUUUUUUUUUGGCCUAUAUAAAGCUGGUUUUCAUAUUUCAGCUUUUAUGAAUCUACUGUUUAUGAUUUAUACAGAGUUAGUUUUGUUUCACAAUUUAA